AUGGACAUAAAUGUGACAAUUGGGAACAGAUUUAUCUUACUUGGCCUCACAAAUUCCUCUUACCAGCAGGCUGUUUGUGUUCUAAUGUUCUUGACAGUGUACCUAAUAACAUGGUUGGCAAACUCUCUACUUAUCAUUGUUGUGAGCAUUAAUACACAUCUUCGGACGCCCAUGUAUUUUUUCCUAAUCAACCUCUCCAUUAUUGACAUCAGCAUGUCCUCCUCCACAUUGCCCAAAAUUCUCCAAAUCACGUUUGCUCAAGAUAAAAGUGUUUCACUCUUGGAAUGUGCCACACAGAUGUUCAUUAUUUUAGUUCUUGGGGUGACAGAGUGCACAAUUCUGGCUGUUAUGGCCUAUGACAGAUACGCAGCUAUCUGUAAGCCAUUGCACUACAACACAAUCAUGAAUAAAGGAUUAUGUAUAGGUCUGGCUGCAAAAUGUUGGAUUGUGGGCUUUAUAAAUGCUGUUUUCCAAGUUUUCCUUACAUUUCAAUUGCCUUUUUGCAGAUCUCAUCACAUUAACCAUUAUUUCUGUGAAGUACCUCCAUUCUUCCGAUUGUCAUGCCAAGACACUUUUUUCAAUGUGAUAGCCAUGUACGUGGCAGCUUGUGUUAUUGUCAUUUCUUCAUUCUUUUUAAUUCUUGUUUCCUAUGUUUAUAUCAUCUCUACCAUUCUCAAGAUCCGUUCAAGUGAAGGAAGACUUAAAGCUUUCUCCACUUGUGCAUCCCAUCUCUCAACAGUCUCCCUCUACUAUUGCACCAUUAUGUCAAUGUAUUUGCGUCCUCGUUCUGCCUAUUCUCCUGAGACAGACAAGACUGUGUCCAUCAUUUAUACGUCUGUGACUCCAAUGCUGAAUCCCAUCAUAUAUAGUAUAAGGAAUAAGGAUAUCAAACUGACUAUAAGAAAAUAUUUAACAUCUAAGCAAAAAUAUUUUUUUCAGUCUUCCAUUCAUCAGUAG